GAAGCACACUGCAUCCGGUGAUCCCAUUUCGACCGGUGCGCCCGCCGACCCAGUGAUCCUCGCGCGCACCCGCACGCCGCACGCCGCACGCCGCAACAUGCUCACCUCGCCCCAGCGCCCCCUGGGUUUCGCGCCACAAGGCCAGAUGUCCGCGUCGGCGGCCAGCCCGGCGCCGGGCCCGCUGCUGCCGCCCGCUCCGCCUCCACGCUGUCAGGUGCUGGCCACGGGUCGCCCCGGCUCCGGCUCCAGCAGCGGUCUCAACGGCAGCUCGUUGCGCCGCGCCGGCGCACGAGUCGCGGCGCGCGCAGCCGAGGCGGCGGCCGCGGCCGCAGCUGACCUGCAGCAGGGGCAGUUGGCGGUGCCGGAGGUGGCGCUGCUUACAGAGGGCGCGGAGCUCCUGCAGGGCGUGAGCCGCCGCGCCGCCGCCCCCGGCACCGGAGGGCGCUCCUUCACCGCCGCCGAGGUGUUCCAGUGUGCGGAGGAAUCCCUGUUCUACAGCCAGGCGCUGGAGAAGCUCCUGCCCAUCGCCGUGCAGCGCCACCAGCAGCGCGGAGGCCGCACCGGCACCAGCACCACCAGCGGCGCCGGCAGCAGUGGCAGCAGUGGCGGCGCGGCCGCCGAGUCGAGCAGCAGUGAUGGAGCCAGCGGCACGGUCAGUGGCGGCGGCGACAGCGCCAGCAGCUUAAAGGUAGUGGAGUUCGGCACCGGCGACGGCACGCCCGUGGUCAACGCGCUCAUGAAGACCAAGUUUGAGGGUGUGGUCCACGGCUUCGAGCUGAACCCCACCUCCGCCGCGCUUGCCCGCGAGCACGCCGCGGCCUUUGGGCUGCAGGACCGCUACCAGGUGCACACGGGCUGCUUCUACACCGGCACGCGCUCGCCCGACUCGCCCGCCGCCGGCGCCGCCGCCCUGGUGUCCAACCCACCCUACCUGCCCGCGCCCGACGCCGACAUCCUCAUGCCGGAGCUGCACGGCGGCAGCGACGGCGCGGGGCUGACACGGGACUUGCUGUCUCUGCGCUACCCGUACGCCAUGCUUCUGCUGGCGUCCUACUCCAACCCCGCCGCCGUGCUGCGCCACGCCGCCGCCGCCGGGUACCGGGUGGUGGACUUCCUGGUCACGCCGCUGCCCUUCGGCACCUACUCCAGCCAGCCCAAGGUGCGCAACUGGAUCGCGGCCAUGCGCUCCCGGGGCGAGGCCUUCUACUCCGGCCACACCUACCUGCUGGCGGGGGUGCUGUUCGAGCGAGCCGACCUGCCCACCCGCAGCGGCGGCAGCAGCGGCAGCAGCGCCGCUACCGCCAGCAGUGCCGCCGCCAGCGGCAACGGGCACAGCAACAGGCAUGGCGGCAAUGGCAACGGCAACGGCAGCGCCAACGGGCACAGCGGCAACGGCAACGGUCAUGACGGCGCAGAUGGUUCACUGACCGUGUACCACGCCGCUGUGGAGCACGCGGUGCAGCAGGCGCAGCCGCAGGGACGUCAGCAGCGAGUGGAGCAGGAGGAGGACCUGGCGCCGCAGCUGCUGCGCCUACUGACCGUCCUGUAAAGCAUGCGAUGAAGCUGCAAGAUGCUUCCGGCGAAGGGACUUAUUUGAGGACAGCCCGAGAAGAGAACCCGAAACAUCCGAGAUCGCAUUGCGGCGCGUGGCGCAAGUACGGUAGUCAGAGACUGGGUUGGAAGUUGCUAUAGAGAGCCUCCCUGUAUUGCGGUAUCGUGUUUCUUGUAUGCAUGUGGUCAAUGUGCUAUUGUCGCGGUCCCACAGCAGUAUUCGUAGAGACACGUGCAGGCGUUUCUGCGCGCUGGCGUGCCGUGGUUAUCCAUGUUUUCCUAUCUAUAGAACUGCGUGCUACUGUCUAGUUGACACAAACGAAGCAAUGCAAAUUGUGAGGCAGGCUUGGCUAUUCAGCGGGCCUUGGGAAGGUCCGAUGCAUACGUAAGCCAGUGAUUGAAGUCGGACGUCAACAGGAU